AUGGUGAAGUUGAUGGACGAUCAAGGUGAAGAAGCGGUUGUUGGCAGCCAGGGCUAUUGGCUUGACUUCGGCGAUUUUGUUUCAACCGCAGACCUUGAUGCAGAACACAUUGGAGAAAUCGGUUUCCCCAGAGAUUGGCCAAAUGUUUACGGAACUAGCAAAUCUUUGAAACAGUUGGUCGGGAAGAGAGGAAAGUGCGCUGGAAAGAAAGUGGGUGUUGUGCCUCUACCGGAAGCAUCGCAGCUAUCAUUGGUGAAUGGUCUGCAGUUUUAUCCCCUUCAGAGCUUCUCAAAUGCUGAAAAAGCUGCCAAAGUUGCUGGAAUUGAAGUGGUUCGUGGAUGGGCAGUUUACGAGCACCUUGACAAAGGUACCAGUGAAGCAUUUCUAGCAGAACGCUUUUGGUGGAAUGCCCUGUCUGAUGGGACAUGGGUGGAUUUUACACCAAGGCCGGCAAGGUUCCAGGAGAUGCUCUUAGCAGAGGCUGUUGAUGGCGCUCCAAAGAGCAAGGAACCUUUGACAAGCCGCCAGCAAACUCUCAUGCAGCGUUUGCUUUCACAGCGAUUUCCAAGCUCAAAUGACUCCAAUGCAUCCAGUCCUCCCCCACCGAAGGUGACCUCUCCUGCCUCAGCAGCUGUGACAGCGAAGGUCACCUCGAAAGUGCCUUCCAAGACGAAGACGCCAAUCCCAUCGUCGCACCUUGCGCCGAAGUCGUUGCAGGAACUCUGUCGUCGUGUACAGGCUGGUGAAUUGGAUGCCGUGAGGCAGCUGGAUGAAAAGGUACGUGGAGACGAUGAACUUUGUGUGCAAAUUGCCAGUGAAGGCUUGGCUACACCGCUUUCCAAAAUGCUUGGGGAAUCCAAACAUCAGGAGUCCGCUUUGAAGUUGAUGCUUCUUCUGACGGAUGCUGGUGUCUCACAGAAUGCGGACAUUGGGACCGAGAUGAUUGCAGGUGGCGCUGUGCCGAAACUGACCCAGCUCCUUAGUGCAACAGACUCCUUCACGCAAGAAAUGGCCGCAGCUGUCCUGGGCAACCUUUGCCACGAGAGCCCUCCAAAUCAAGACAAGUUAGCAGAUGCUGGCAUGUUUCAAAAGCUUGUGGAUUUGCUAUCCACAGCAGGAGGACCUGCUCAAGAGGCAGCAUAUGCAAUAUGGAAUUUGACCGUGGGUCAUGAAGAGAACAGUGAUGCCAUCGCUCGCCUGGGAGCAGUUCCAAAGUUGGCCGAGCUUCUGAAAUGCACAUCCGACAUUGCCCAAGAAAAUGCCGCUGGAGCCCUCAUGCACAUCACCAUCUCCCCAGUGGCACGUUCUGCGAUCGGCAGUGCCAUCCCAAAGCUCUGUGACCUUCUACAAGCAAGCUAUGAGCCUGAAGUAAGCACCCAAGCGGCUGGUGCUUUGCUUAACUUGGCCAGUGAUUCGUCCGAAUAUGCCAAGAUGAUUGUAGCCAAUGGAGCAGUGACUCACUUGGUGAACUUGGUAAAGGAAGGCCCUGAUUUGGCUCGAGAAUAUUCUGCUGGAGCACUGAUGAAUUUGACACGAGGCGACAUGGAGGUGGCCACCGCAGCCUCAAAGCUUGGAGCUAUUCCUGCUUUGGCUGCACUACUUUCCAAGCCUUCGGGACACUCGGAGUCUCUUGGAGCCUUGGCGAACUUGGCAAGCGGUAGCUCAGAACGGCAGAUUCAAAUCUACAAGGCACAAGUCACACGGAAGACCGUGUCACUACUCAGUGAUCAAGACAUUGAUGUGAGAAGGUCUGCAGCGGCUUUGUUGAUGAACCUGGGUCCACAUCCAAAAAUCAAAGAAAGAAUUGUCGAAGCAGGUGCUCUCAAACCCUUGGCUAAAGCAUUGAAAGAUAGUGAUGAAAUCCUGAAGGAGCGCGCAGCAGGUGCGUUGGCAAACCUUUUCAAUGACCAUGCCAGCAAUGUUCACGCAGGAUAUCAGCAGGCUCCUGAGAUGAUUGGAUCUUUGGUAGCUUUGAUUCAAGAAACUGGGCUGUCUGAAGAUGCAAAGCGUCAGGGUGCUCAUGCUUUAGCAAUGUUGGCCGCAGAAGACGGCCCUUGUGAUGCAGUUUGGCAAGCUGGUGCAGGUCAGCCCCUUCUGGCUCUGCUGAAGGAUAUGGUUGGUGAGGCAGCACUUGGCAUCAUGAAUCUCUCUUGGAGGUGGACAGAAGUGAAAGCAGAGCUCGUCAAGUGUGGCACUCUGGAGUACUUGAUGGACAUGCUGCGGCUUGGUGAUGAUUCAGCGAAAGAAUAUGCAGCAGGUGCUUUGAUGAACCUGACGGCUGGAUCUCCGGACAAUGCUGAGAAAGCUGCACCAGCGGUGAAGGACUUGACGGAGUUGUUGAAAGCAAAAGCCGUGCAGGCCGCCGAAUGGGCAGCUGGUGCUUUAGCCAACAUCACAAGAUCGGCUGAGGCCACGCAGAAAACCGCCAUUGAGCAUGGUGCUGCCACGUCCAUUGCAGCUUUGCUGCCAAAGGUCACUGCAAACAGCAUGAGUCUCGUGGUUCUGGCUUUGGCAUCGCUCGCUGACACACAAGCAGCAAGUGUGGCUAAAGCCCUUGGACCAGAAGCCAAGGCAAAGCUCAGAGAUUUCCGGGAUAGCAAUAAUCCAGAUUUGGCAGAAUACACCAAGGCCUUGAUUGACAAGCUUGGCUCAAACUUUUCUUUAUGA